AUGCCAAGUACACUGGAGAGUAUCUGUAUGAUGGUGGCAUCUGGAGAGUGCCUAGUGGGUAUUUUGGUUAACGGCUUCAUUGGACUAGUAAACUUCAUUGACUGUGUGAAGACCAGAAGAGUGACCUUAAUUGAUUUCAUCCUUACUGGCUUGGCCACCUCCAGGAUUGGUACAUUGUGGGCACUAAUAGCACUGUACUUUUUGAAUUUUUUCUGUUUUAAAACAAGUUUCAUUGGUAUUUGGAUGUUUUCAGAAGUCAUCUGGAACCUCAGCAACCAUUCAAGUGCCUGGUUUGUAUGUUGUCUCAAUAUGUUUUAUUUUCUGAAGAUUGCCAACUUCUCCCAUCCUGCCUUUCUCUGGCUGAAGUGGAGAAUUAACAAGGUGGUCCUCAGGAUGCUGAUGGGAGGCUUGCUCACAUACUUGUUCAUUAACCCUUCAAUGAUGGAGAGAAUUACUAAGAUUCGGUUAAUUCCAAUUAAUCGAGAAAUUAAAACAAAUAUUACUCAUUAUGACCAAGGAUUGAAAACCCUAAAAUUUUCCAUCCUGAUUGUCUUCAAUACUGGGGGUUUGGUCCCCUUUGCUCUUUCCCUCAUCUCCUGUUUCCUGUUAGUACUAUCCUUCUGGAGACACAUCCAGCAGAUGAAUCUCAAGGUCACAGGCUCCAGGGAUCCCAGUACAGAGGCCCAUGUGAGGGCUAUGAAAGCCAUAAUUUCCUUUCUCUUCCUCUUCAUACUAUAUCAUUUGGGCUUCACUAUGGGACUUUUAAACAUAUCUAUGUUUUACAGUAAACUUGUGGGAAUGUUUUCACUGAUAGUCAUGAAUGUCUAUCCCCUGAGCCACUCUAUCAUUCUAAUCCUGGUUCACAGAAAGCUGAGGCAGGCCUCUUUGUGGGUACUAGAGAAGCUCAAAGACUUCUUCAAAGUCCCUGGGAAAGUUUAA